AAAUCGAUCCAGUUCCAAUCCAAAAUCCUGACGUGUGUUGGUAUUCCAGUCUACAGUUUAAGUUCUAAGCGAUUAAAAUGUACCUUCAGAUGUCUCCAACCCGUUCCCCUACGUCAACUGGUCCCACCAAUCGGAGGUUUCCUGGAGGCUUGACCUUGGCCACUACUGACCUUGAUGACAUCAACUUAGAUGAUGUAGACCAGAGUCUUAGGCAACCUUUGAAAAGACUCGCCCCAACCCCACCUACAUCAAACCAACCUCCUCCUCCCUUACCUCUCCUCCCACCCUCACCACGUCUUUACCACACAUCCAGCCAUCGCCCUCCAUCUCCAAGAGCACAGCUCCCAAUGCAACCCAGUCCCAGACCAGGCCCUCAACGCCCACCUUCUCCACCGGCCACAAGGGUACCCCCCUCCACAAUAGGUCGUAGCCGACAACCUCCUGCUCCCCCGCUAUUCUCUUCCAGGGGUCUGUCCUCAUCUCAGCCACCUCCCCGCCACCACCUCCUCCCCUCCACCACCACCGCCUCCCCCUCCACCACCACCUCCACCCCUGCACAUGGAGGACAAGUACCACGUACGGUCACCCAGCUAUCCCCGCUCCUCAAGCUUAUCCGAACAGGGAAGCAGGUUUGGGGACAAUGGUUACCGCCAGAGAGGAGGCUUCCACUCCGCCAUUCCCAGUGAUCUUUCACGCCCGCCCAGCCCGAAAACUGACCACAACUUGACGGUUAGCAUAGCUUAUGCGUUUGGCAGUGUGAGAAUUGAUUAUGUAUAUCAUAUAGGGGUGGGAAUCUUUAGGAACAUUACAAUUCAAUCCAGUUCGAUUCCAAAAUGUAUUCAAUGACACACAAGUGUUGCUGUCGUCACUGAAGGUAGCACUGCAAUCUGUCUGAUUUUUUUUACCCACCUCUUAUGUUGUACAUACAUUCAUGCAUGUCUUGAGUGUGGUGUUUUGCAGAUGAGAUUAACCAGUUAUUUGUCAGGAAACAGAUAAUAAUUUUUGGGGAAAAAAGCAUGCUGUCAUUUGGUUUGAUGAUUUUGAAGUGGUAGUGAUUCCUAUGACUAUUAGACUGUUGAAUACUUUAUCCUUGUGGCACAGGUGAUGAGAAACACAUCUCAUGCUAGCAGGAUAUCCACCUCUAAUAAUCCACUGGUGAGUCCUCAGUAGGUAAAUAGUCAUGCCGCUCUGGGUCUUCUGCUUCAUUUUUAGCACAAAUCAGACUUGCCAUGCUUGUGUAACAUAUGUAAUGUCAGCUUAAUGCAAACUAGC